AUGGCCAAAGGGAGACGCUUCAACCCAGCUUUAGACAAGGACGGAAGAUGGUUUCCUCAGAUUGGACUAACACAGAAGACACCAGAAUCCAGCACAAGUGCCACGUUAAAGGAGCCUCACCGUCCACAUUUGUCUAGGCAAGUGGAGGGGAAGCUACCGCCGAUCUACAAAAUUCGGGAGAAGCAAGCAGUAAAUAACAGCUUCCCCUUCUCUGUGCAUGACAAUCGGCACAGCUUUCAGAGCUCUGGAUGCUACCUGGACUCUGGCCUGGGACGUAGGAAGAUCUCCCCAGAGAAAAGGCAACACGUUUCAAGAAAUUUCAAUCUCUGGGCAUGUGACUAUGUUCCAUCUUGUCUUGAUGGCUUUUCAAAUAACCAAAUAUCAUAUGUCUAUCAAGAAGUUUUGGUGGUCCCAAUUUUCAGACGCUUCCCAAGACAUUAUCAUGAGAUAUGGAACUCUUUUAAAUUUAUUCCUCAGAGAAGCUAUACAGAGUUUUUGAAAAAGAAUCCAAAAGUAAGGUUUGCUAUUGACAAAAAGGUUGGUUCUUCACUGGAGCCCUAAUCCUUCCAGAAGGUUAUUGAUGAGUUUUGUAAUAUUGGUAUUGCACUGAACAUUCUAAAAGUACACGUUUUCUGGUUCAGCCCUACUAGUUGACAUAGGAUUUGUUUAAAUUAGAGAUUAGACAUGGUAUAUGCCUUAAUGCUGAGGUGACGUAUUCUUGCAGUGAUAACACAGAGAUUAAAGUCUUUAUAUUGAGAAACUAGAAAAGCUACAGUUUGUUACCA